UGACAACAUAGUCAGGGAGGAGAGACCUGAUCGGCAACCCAGCCCUACUCUCACAUGAAAAACUGUACACAAGUAGCAGAAAGUGUUACAUUGCACAACGCUCUGCAUAGAAAAGAACAGCUGGGAAAGGACUAUGAAGACUGUUAAUUAAGCACGCUGUCACCUGGUUUUAUGAGGAUUGCAAGAUUAUCACUGCAUAAAGAAAUCACUAAAGAUGAUAGAUUGGGAAAACUUGGCAAAGAGAGAUGGAAUGGUGGGAGUUGUUGCUGGAUUUGGGAGCACUGCACAAAAGAAGCUGGGUAAUGUCACCAACACUGUCAAUGGUACUGUCACGGGCCUGGUACAAACCGUUCGGAAUAAAACCACAACUCUACCUCCAUCGGAAGAUCAUGAGAUAUUGCUAAAAACUGAAAUGGAAUUCCAUCAAGCAGCCAAGGCAAAUGAUGUGGAAAAAAUGACCCAGCUCAAAGAACGGAAAGUAAACAUCAAUUCUAGAAAUGCUCUUAAUCGUACAGCUCUUCACUUCGCUGUGGCUGGAUGCCAUCACCAGUCUGUGACUUUUCUUCUACACCAUAAAGCCAGAGUAGACGUUCCUGAUAAACAUGGUCUAACAGUCUUGCAUUUGGCUGCCUGGUCCGCUGACUUAAGCGUUGUGCAGAUGUUGAUUAAAGCUGGAGCCAGCCAAAAAGUUGCAAAUGAGGAUGGAAUGAAUGUUUUACAUUUUGCUGCCCAGAAUGAUAAGAAUGAAAUAGUGGAUUAUCUUCUAAAGGAAUUACAGCUUAGUGAUUUAAACAUUAAGGAUAAGAGAGGUAGGGAGCCCUUCCACCUUGCAGCUGAAAAUGGCCAUGUUAAUAUGAUCAACAAUCUGCUGAAUAUGGGAUUAUUUACAUCAGAGCCAGACAAGGAUGGUAACACUGCUCUUCAUCUGGCUGCCGCUAAUGGCCAUGAUGCUGUUGUGAGAGUUCUACUGGAGAAAUGGGAAGAUAAAGACAGCCUUAACAUGGAUGGGGCCACACCAUUUUACUUAGCAGUGGAAAAAGGACAUGAAUCUUGUGCCAAUCAGUUACUGCAAGAUGGAAGCAACAUCAACACUAUAAACUAUGAUGACUACACAGCACUGCACAUAGCAGCGGAAAAGGGUUACUUAUCCCUGGUCACUUUCCUUAUUAGAAACAACAUUGACCUAACUGCAAAAUAUAAGGAUAUGAACCCUCCCCUCCAUUUGGCUAUCCUGAAUGAUCAUAUGGAUAUAGUAGACAUUCUUUUAGAAGCUGGAUAUGAUAUUAAUGCAAUCAAUGCGAGGCGACAGACUCCUUUGCAUCUAGCAGCUGAACUGAAGAACACAGAUUUAGUAGAGAGGCUUCUUUUAGCUGGCUGUGAUCUCAUGAUUGCAGAUAAGCAAGGUAAAACAGCACUAGGUGUAUCAGCAAGAAGCAAUCACUUCCUGAUUGUUGAUAUGAUCAUUAAAGCAGAAAGAUACUACACAUGGAAAGAGGAGCUUAUAGAAGAUACUAACUCUGAGCAGUUUAUGACAUUCAAACAAGACCACUCCUCACAAACCGGCCCGCUCCGCUCAGCUCUUUGGAGUGUAGCAUAUGAGCAGCUGAAGCCUGAUGAAUGGAAGAAACUGGCGCUGCAGUGGAAGUUCACAGAGCCACAAAUUAAAGCCAUUGAGACACAGUGGACAGGUAAAGCAAGUUACAAGGAACAUGGAAACAGGAUGUUUCUCAUCUGGUUACAUGGAAUUUUGCUGAAAAAAGAAAAUCCAAUUAAGGCUUUAUACGAAGAUCUGGUUCGAAUGGGACAUCAACAAAUGGCUGAAACCUUCAGAGCUCAGAGCAGUAACGGUCUACGGCCUAAGAAAUGUAUUAUUUCAUGAAAGUGGACAAACAUGGAGAAUGAGGCAAAUUACAUUUAAACCAGGAAGGUGCAUUGCCUGCUGCAGGUUAUACAAGUCCACAUGCAAUGGUAGAGCUCAAAAGCUGGUCAGGAGGUCUCUGCACUAUACUAGUGUAAGAUGGAAAACAAAUAGGUAAAAGAUAUGUGAUCGGUGCAUAUGUUCGAUGGUUGAAGCAAUUGCUUCCAGUAAAGAUGAACAAUUUGAUCUGUAGAGCAUAAUGGACUUGUUCUAAUCCCGAUUCCCUAUAUGAUUAUUUUCAUGACACUUAAGCCUCGUACACGCAAUUGGAUUUUCCGCAAAGUGUCAGACUUUUGUCCGAACAGCGUUGGCCAUGAACU